GCGCAAGCGAGAGUGCAGCAGCCUUGAAUGUAAGUAAGAUGCAGUUGAGUGCAAUGCAACUUGCAGUUGAAUAGUGCUCCACUGCUCUUUCUUGGAGAACCAUGACACACUAGUGCAGCUCCGCAGCGUGAGGAGGUACAAGGACGUGGGAAAUUGUCUGCAUCCUGCACUGCCUCUUAUUGCAUUUCCGCAAGAUGCAAUAUGCAUAAGCUGGUAAUCAAGUGAUUUCAGUUCGCAUUUUGCACUUGCACGCUCAAGAGUUCCAGCUAUGACUGAGGUCAGCGAUUUUUUCCGCGGCCGCAGUGUUUUCAUCACAGGCGGCACUGGGUAUGUUGGAAAAGCCGUGGUGGAAAAACUCCUUCGAUCGUGUCCCACGAUCGGUACUAUUUUCCUUCUGAUCCGACCCAAGAAGGGUCUCAAUCCUCAAGAACGACUAAUUCAUCUAUUCACUUGUCCUAUUUUUGGCCCUUUAUUAGAAGCGCGACCAGAUGUUAUAUCGAAGGUGGUGCCGGUGCUUGGUGACCUGAUGCAACCUGAGCUUGGUAUCAGUGUGAAUGUGCAAACGGAGCUGCAGCAAAAGGUCUCUGUGGUUAUACACUCGGGAGCAACAGUUAGAUUCAGCGACUCCAUGAAAACUUGCACGCAAAUUAACGUAAGCGGCACAAAAUGUGUUAUCCAGCUCGCAGCCAAUUGGCCAUUGGUCAAGGCUGUUGUGCAUGUUUCUACUGCGUUUUGUCCCUUUCCGCAAGAGACGAUUGAGGAAAAAAUUUACGACGUGCCUAUUGAACCAGAGAGGUUGAUGCAAUGUGCGGAAUGGAUGUCGGAGGAGCAGCUUGAUUGCGUUACUGCGAGCAUUUGCAGCGAUUGGCCGAACCCAUACAGUUACACUAAGAACACAGCGGAGGUUUUGGUAAAACAAUACAAAGAUCAACUUCCGUUGGUGAUCGUACGGCCUUCAAUCGUGAUUUGCACUAAAGACGAGCCUCUGGAUGGAUUUUGCGAUACUUUUGUCGGCGUUGGAGGCAUAAUGUUCGGCGGGGCUGUCGGGAUAGUCAGGACCAUGCCUGGAAUCAAGGAACAAGCCCUGGAUAUAAUUCCACUGGACAUGGUUGUAAACUCCAUUAUCCUGGCCGCGUACAACGUAGCAAGGAAUCCUUCAACGGACGUUAAAGUUUAUAACGUGGUAUCAUCGGCAAGAAACCCUAUAAACUAUGACGUUCUUGAGAAAAACGCGCGCCGUGAUUUGAUUCACGACGCGCCUUUUGACAACGCUAUGUGGUACCCGCUGAUGUACUAUCAAACCAGCAGAUUGCAGUUCAGAUUGAUCAGAUUUUUGUUGCACUCCCUGCCAGCAUUUCUCUUUGACCUUUGGUUUGGAAUUACUGGAAAACCCUUCAGAUUGGGUGAUAUUUACGAUAAAUUGCACCUGAAUAUGGACGCCGUUUGGCACUUUAUGUUAAGAGACUUUGAUUUCAAAGACGCAAACCUCCGAGAUUUGAUAGCCACCUGCAGUCCGGAAAUCAGGAAGGUAUAUGCAUGCGACGUGGACCAGAUAGAUUGGUCCUCGCUUUGUCGCAGCUACAAUCUCGGCGCCAGGAAAUAUCUUCUCAAACAAGAUCCAUCUACCAUUCCUGCAGCGAGACGAAGAAUGAAAAGACUGUUUAUCGCGCACUGUGCAUUCAAACUCAUUAUGUUCUUGGUAUUUAUGAGGAUUUUGUACAGCAUGACCCUUGGAUUAAUGAGCUCUCACGACUACAUUACAGCCAACUUUUUUUGAUUCCUAAAUGUGUUAUUUUUUUAGCCUCUGUUUAAUGUCCAUAUCAAUAAAUCUAUUUCAU